AUGGUCGCCUCAACAUCGGCAUCGUUUGAGAACUUUGUCAAGCAGACAAGGGAGAAGAAGAAGAACGAAGCCCUCGCGCAGCAGUUCCUAGGCGGAGCCAACCGAGGACGGAAAGCGAACGCAUCAGGCGCUGGUGGACGGUCGCGCGUCGAGUCCGAGAAGCCCUCGUUGCUCAGCCGGAUAAACGGGGGUGCCGGCGUCCAAAAGCGAUCAUCGAGCGCAAAACCAGCGGGCAGCAUCGAGGGGAAAUGGCAGCAUGAUCUGCAUAAGCUGAACAAUCCCCGCGGCGCAGCCAACAACAGGAAUACCCUCGCUCGGACGGCUUCAGCAUCGCAGGUUGAGCGCAACAGUAGGACGUACGGCAAAUUUGCUCCCGCUAUCGGUCAAGGUGCAGCAGGCUUCAGCAUUCGAGGUGUUGCGACUGGAGGCCCGUGUACCGUCAUCGCGAGCAACUUUGCACCUGGAACCACAGCCGCGGAUAUCGAAGCCGUCAUGAGCCCAAUUGGCGGAGAGACGCUGGGCUGCAGACUCUUGUCUUCCAACCCGACCGUCAUGGUUGAACUACAGUUUGCAAGCAGAGACGGGGCCGAGAAUGUUAUUGCAACAUUCAACAACCAGAAGGCUGAUGGAAGACUACUCUACGUCUACAUGAAGGAUGUUCCUGCGAGCACCCACGUAGCGCAACCCCGAGCACCGCCCGCUCGCCUGACACAAUCCAUGGAUGACAUGGACGUUGAUACCAACGCGGGCGCACAAGCCGGUAGCUACCAAGAUGGCCGAUUCGGCUUCAGCGACGCUGGUCGCAGGGAACCACCGCGCGGCCCCCGCCGACGAUACUAG